CUGUGACUCAGAAAAGGUAGGGUUUUUAUCCUACGCCAGAAUUGGGAUUAUCAGCCAUUAGUCUAUUUCUGGCAGCCUAGUACAGGUUUGAAUCGGCAAUAAAACCAGUAAAUAAGGGUGGCCACACACGCUACGACUUACCGGAAGGCCAGCCUUCCAAGAUUGAAGUCGGAAGUACGAUCCACUUCCUGCAUUUUUUCAAUAAGCUUCAAAUAUGCAGAGUUUCUGAAGUGUUUGUUGGAGUACUGCUUGCUUUUCACGUCAUAUAUACAAGCAAGGCAGAGACCUGUACAACUCAAUGAAUUCGGAGAUGAUUUCAUGAGGCCAGGAUCUCAUGUCGGCCAACACUCCUAUAAUGGGCAGUUCUGCAUUUCUGAAGAAGGAAAAAAACUUUAAAAAUAAUAUGGACAGUGAACUGACUGCAGAUGUCAAUUUCACUUCAAGGAUUAAGAACUUCCAGGAGAGUGUAAAUGGAAUUGGAGAACUGUUGAAAAAUGCUUUUGAGAAAGAUGUCUAUGAGAGGCUUGAUAUAGGUGAUCGUGUAAAAUAUGAUUUAUUCUUAUCAUAUACUCUCAAUUCCUUAUUUUGGCUUUACCUGCGUACUCAAGGUGAGGAUCCUGCCAAACAUGCUGUUAAGUCUGAAAUUGAUAGAGUGAGAGAUUAUAAUACUAAAGCUAAACAAGUUCAAGAUCGUAGAACCAUUAUGCCUCGCAUUGAUGUAGCUGCUGCUCAGAGGUUCAUUAGAAGUGGAUUGUGGCAACCAAACCAAAGUGAUAACCAGAAUGCAGAUAUUAAUGUUGAAGGAGCAGAGGGAACAGGUGAAGAAGAUAAUGACACUGUCCCUGAGCACCAGUAGAGUAUCAAUUUUAACAAAGUGAGUUAUGGUUAUUAACACGCAUAAAGACUACAGACUAGUGUGAGUGCAUAUAGACAGCACACACACACAAAAAAUCCUCUUUAUUUUGUUACUACUUGACUCCAUUGUUUUAAAAAUGUGAAAUUGAAGUUUAAGAUUAAUUAGAAAUGUGUGAAUAUGUGAAUUUUAAUUGAUGUAUGCUGCUGAACAGUGCAGUGUAGACCAUUCUUUCUUUUACCAAAAUAAGAAAAUAAUGUAUAAAAAGUUUCUGCAGUGCACAAAUGUAUUAAGAUCUGUGCAAAUACUCUGCCCUCGUAA